AUAGCAGAGCAAUCACCACCACGUCUGAUAUAACUACAAGAGCUCAGCUGAAGCCUUCCCGAAGGGCCAGAGAGUGAGGAUGGAGGAAGGAAUGAACAUUCUCCAUGACUUUGGGAUCCAGUCAACUCGCUACCUCCAGGUGAAUUACCAGGACUGCCAGGAUUGGUUCAUCUUGGUGUCCGUGAUUGCUGACCUCAGGAAUGCCUUCUACGUCCUCUUCCCCAUCUGGUUCCAUCUUCGAGAAGCUGUGGGCAUCAAGCUCCUCUGGGUAGCUGUGAUUGGAGACUGGCUCAACCUUGUCUUUAAGUGGAUUCUCUUCGGACAGCGCCCGUACUGGUGGGUCCUGGACACUGACUACUACAGAAACACCUCCGUGCCACUGAUCAAGCAGUUCCCGAUCACCUGUGAGACUGGCCCAGGGAGUCCCUCUGGCCAUGCCAUGGGUACAGCAGGUGUAUACUAUGUGAUGGUCACGUCCGCCCUCUCUAUCUUUCGGGGAAAGAAAAAGGCAACCUACAGAUUUUGGUGCUUGAACAUCAUUUUGUGGUUGGGAUUCUGGGCCGUACAGCUGAACGUCUGUCUGUCACGAAUCUACCUUGCUGCUCAUUUCCCCCAUCAGGUUGUUGCUGGAGUCUUGUCAGGUAUUGCUGUUGCUGAAACUUUCUGCCGUAUUCAGAGCAUCUACAAUGCCAGUCUCAAGAAAUAUUUUCUCAUUACCUUCUUCCUGUUCAGUUUUGCCAUUGGAUUUUACCUGCUGCUAAAGGGGCUGGGUGUAGACCUCCUGUGGACUCUAGAGAAAGCCAAGAGAUGGUGUGAGCAGCCAGAAUGGGUUCACAUUGACACCACGCCUUUCGCCAGUCUCUUCAAGAACCUGGGGACCCUCUUUGGCCUGGGGUUGGCUCUCAACUCCAGCAUGUACAGGGAGAGCUGCAAGGGCAAGCUUAGCAAGUGCUUCCCGUUCCGCCUCAGCUGCAUGGUGGCCUCCCUCGUCCUCCUGCAUCUCUUUGACUCUUUGAAACCCCCAUCCCAAAUCGAGUUGAUCUUCUACGUCCUGUCCUUCUGCAAGAGUGCGGCAGUGCCCCUGGCAUCUGUCAGUCUCAUCCCCUACUGCCUCACCUGGGUACUGGGCCAGCCGGACAAGAAGUCUUCGUGAGGGAUAUGGAGUCUUCAGUACUUAAAGUCAACGACUGUGCCAAGGAUUGAGGGCGGCUAGGGUCUUCUGCAAGCCCAUUUUGAGGCCAGAGGUGUUAGAGUCAGCUCAGGCCACCUCCUUCCUCCUUUGCAAGUCUAAUUAUAUUGGGUGAUAUUUUUUGAAAAGCUAACAUGGUUAUUUGAGGAAGCCUCAUCUGUUAGAAGUUGGGUUGUUCUGGAUUUUUCCUGAAGACUUACUUGUUGUUCUUUCAGAUAUACAAAAGCAAGACGUCCAGGCAGGGCCAGCUCACAAGCCCAGGCUGGGGAUCCCAACUGAGAAUUUUCUACUCCUGCUCAUCCUUAACCAGAAAAGGAGAAAAGAGCUGUGGAUUUGAUAUGGAAAGAAGGAUGGAUUAAAGAGGAUUUUUUUAGCAUCUUGCAUAUCAAGCAAAUUAUGUCAAAGAAUAUCUAAAUGGCUUUGAUUAUACUUGAAUCUUUAGGUAAGGGACCCUCCAUCGUGGGGGACCAACUUAAAGUACAACUAAUGGGUGGUUAGUCGGGUAAUUCUGCUUCUUGUAUUUUUCUAUUACAUGUCCAUGGCCAUUGUACGGCUCCAGUGACAUAGAUUUGUGCUGGGUCAGAACAUUCAGGCACGGUCUGCUUCCCCUUUAUCGCAUUAGACCUUACUCCUUAUUAGCCCAGCUCGGCUUUCCCCAGAAUUUUCCACUGGCUCCACACCCACCCUGCUGGAGCCUCAGAUGCCUAAAGGUGACUCUGUGGUGGUGCUUUUGUAUGUUUCAGUUAAGCUCUGAAAUCUUGGGCAAAAAGGCAAGGAGAGGGUAAGGAGAGGCAAGGAUUCCUCUCUCCAGACGGUCACUCCAAUGUUACUUUUGAUUCCCGGAGGGUAAAUAUGACUCCUUUCUCUAUCCCAAGCCAACCAAGAGCACAUUCUUGGAGGAAAAGCCAGCGCCUCCUUGCCUCAGUCUCAGCUGAUUUGCAGAAUAUAUCCUAAAAAAAAGAAAUAUAUUGAAGCCUAUUUAUUUGAGAGUCCUUGUUUUUGUUACUAAUUAUAUAGUUCACCACAUAUUGUCAUUCACGCCAACCAUCCUGGUCAUAACAUCUUUGAAAAGAAAAAUAUAUGUAUGCAUUAUUUUAUUAAAACAACAUCUUAUUUAA